CUUUUAAGACAAACAUUUCAUCAUUCCUCAAUCAGUAAGACAUCGAAGUACAAUUUUUUGUAUGUCAAAAAAACCUAAAUUGCAUUGUUGACGAAUUAGUGAUAUUGGCUGUGUAUUUCUCCUUUUUUUUCCUACUCUCAUUAAUUUUUUUUAAAAAAAAGAGAAACCUUGCUAGACAAUCAUGAAGGCAAAGUCCAAAUCUGAAGCUUGUGGUGAGCUUGUUGACCCACAAUAAAACAUUUUUAGCCUCCUCUCUCUUUCUUUCCCAAUUCGUGGUGGCCACGUUGCAAGUUUUCCUACUACCGAAUCUUCCAGGUCUGUCUAGAGCCAGGUUGCACACGCAUGUCGAACUCGGAACCCCACUGAAUCUCUCGCAAUACAACUUUUCCCGCGUCUCUCUCGCCUCGAGCCUGACUGCGCUCUUCAUUUUUUUAACAGCCGUGGCGCAUGACUGAUUUUUCCUGCUUCUCUCCAGAGAAACUAGCUCCUUUCGGGCUGACGGUGGCAGGGGGAAAUGGCUCUACUAAUCCUCCUUGGGGGGACAGGGCACCGUGCAUGGGGGAUUGUUCUGCUGUGAAAGCAUGGAUCUGAGUGUCACAUCUGUGGGCUGUCCCUUCCAGCCGUCCCAGGACAGCCAGGCAGGGCUGGUGAUUAGGCUGAACGCUGGUCUUCUUCUGUCUGUGUCUUCUCCAUACCGUGUGGCCUUCUUUCCCAACCAUUGCACGAAUCUCUGUACAUUCUUCUCUCUGCAUGAGUCAUGUUUUUUCCCCCCUCUCUUUUGCAUCUCUCUGAGGAUUCCUCUUUCGGACCUCUGUUUACAUCUUACCUCUGUCGUUCCACCCUCCUUCUCUUGACGUGCAGGUAGAAUAAAGCCUAAAGGUAGAUCCAGAACCUCAACAUCAAGACUUCAUUCCCACCUUGUUUUUGCUAGGAAUAUAAAGCAUCAAGUGCUGUUUUUCCCCCUCCCCUCUAAAAUUUAGGGCAGGAAGGAGUUGGGUGGGACAGUUGUCACCAGCUACAGCGAAGGGAAGAGGGGCAGGUGUGUGGAUUUUCUAGGACUUUAUUGGAUGAAGUUUGGUGUUAUUGUUUCAUUGCAAAAAGAAAAGAAAAAAACUAGGAACACAACUCAGUCACCGCUGGGCAGAGAAGCGUAGAGCUCGCCCCAGUCUUGAAAGUUUGAGAGAACUUUGGCAGAGACAGAAUCCAAGAACAAAAUAGACAUUUAUUAUUGUUAAUUAAGAAUUUGCAUACCAUCCAACUCCCGGCGACAUUCAAAGGAAAUAAAACGGUGUCCUCAUAAACAGCAGUGAAGGGACGGGGACAAAACCAAACUCACACAAUCAAACAGGGGGGGCUCAGUCACCCUUGCCAAAGAUCUGGGUGCGGAUCCAACUCUUCCAAGUCCUUUCAAAUCUCCAGGAAGGGGGUGGGGUGGGAGAUCAACUGGAUCAAGGAGGAAUUCCACAGGGAGGGCCCAAUUCUGGCACCCAUUUCUAGCUCAGCUUUGAACCCUAAAGGUGAGGAUUUGUCUUCGCGAAGUCGCUUGCUGUUUCCUGGCGUACUGUUGAUCAUUCCUCUCCCAUUUUCAUUCCCUCUCCAAUCUUUCCUCUAUUUGCCUUACGCCAUUAUUUUUCCUGGUGUCCAUCGUUUCCCCCCCCCUCCCUUUUUGUUUAUUCAAGUUGUUCCUUCCAGGGUCUUUUGUGUGCAACCUGUUGUCGUGUUUUAUCAUCCAUGCUGUCUGUUAACUCGGAAGAUGUUCUCCCUAUUAUCCUUGAAUCAAAAAAAUGGGGGGGUGGGGGGUUGUUUCUGGCCGCUUUUGAAAAAAAAACAAAAACACACCCAAAUCCAGGAGUCCAUUCCGAAUUGGAGCUGAAAGGGAGCGAACAAACCCGUCCGAGGCGUUCUAUGGCCUUAAACCUAACCAGAGAUGUGACACUCAGAACCGAGCACCAAGAAUGCUACUAAUUUUCUAUUCAAUUAAUUUUCUUUUAAAGACUGAAGCGGCCUCCUCCUCCUCUUCCUCCUCCACCUCCUCGGGAGCCUGGGAGAGGCUCCAUAAAGUCAACAAAGAUCUCCAGGGCGAAUUGGAAGCCCAGUGCCAGAGGCAGGAGAUGAUCAAUCAGCAGAUCCAGUCCCUUAAACGUAGCUAUGGGGAAGCCAAGGACGUCAUCCGACAUCAUGAAGCCGAGAUCCAAAGCUUGCAAGCCAGGCUCAGCAACGCAGCUGCAGACCUCUCUAUCAAGGAGCAGACCUUGGCCAAGCUGAAGAGCGACCUGAAGGCUGAGAAGAAGAAAACGGAGGAGCAGAUGGAGGAAUGGCAACACAGCGAAACGGCCCUGAAUUCCCAGCUGAAGGCCAGUGAGCAGAAGCUGAAGAAGGCGGAAGCUCUCCUGCUGGAGAAGACCCAGGAGCUGAGAGAUUUGGAGAUGCAACAGGCUUUGCAGAGAGACUACCAGAAAGAAGUCCAGCGCCUCCAGGAUCGCAUCGCUGACCUGAGCCUUCAGCUGAGCGCCGGUGAACAAUCCCGAAUACUGAUGGAGAGGAAGCUGCAGAAGAAUUAUGAGUCUUUGCUGGAAAGCUGUGAGAGGGAGAAGCAAAUCUUGAUCCAGAGCCUCAAAGAAGUGGAGGAUAAAGCCAGUGAAUAUGAGAACCAGCUCCAGAAUAACGAGCAACAGAAGGAGAUCCUUCAGAAGGAGAAGCUGAGUGCCAAGUUUGAAAGCAGUGAACUGGUCCAUCAACUGGAGGACCAGCUAGAAAUGAAAGAAGCCAGCAUCCGGAAUCUAGUGGAGCAUAUCAAGAGUCUCGAGGAGGAAAGGGAUCAAAUUAAAUGCCGCUUCCAAGAGUUGAUGAACCAAGUCGCCGAGUCCGAUAAUGAGGUGGCUAAGUUGCAAGCCAAGCUACAGCUGCAGGAGAGCAGCUACCACACUCUGGAGCAUUCCCACGAGGUGGUGUCAGAGCAGUUCCAUAACUUGCAGCAGAUCCUGCAAGAGAAAGAGGAGGAGUUGAGACAAGUCAGAGAAACCCACUUGAGCUUUGUGGAGAGCAAGGAGCAGCCUCUCACUACCAUGGGUAGCAGCGGAGGAGAAAAAGAAGACCGCCCCGCCAAAGAAGAGGAUUUGAAAACAUCGGCUGAAGGAAGUACCGAGCUGAAGGUUGAAACCAACGCAACUGAGAUUGUCAAGGUUGAAGAGCCAGCACGAUAUCCCCCAAGGCCAGGGAGACUUCCAGAUCUGGGAUGCAUGCUUCUUGAGGAGAGUCACGAAGGACCCAGUAGCAGCCAGCGGCAAACCUGCGGGCGCACUGUGGUGAGCAUUGAAGAAUGUUCUUCUCCAUCCAAGCCAGUAGAUCUUCCGGAAAUAGAGAUGGGUCAGAAAGAUUCAACGAAACUUGAUGCGGAAAUACCCGGAGCCAAAAGACAACGGAUACGUUUUUCCAAUAUCCAGUGCCAAAAAUAUAUCCAUCCUGAUGGGUCGGAGAAGAUGUGGGCCAGCAGCACUUCCUCGGACACCAGCCAGGAACGGUCACUUUCAGAAGAAAGCAUGACUUCUGAACCUGCUUUCUGUUACCCAGCCUCGGGUGAUUCUGAGACCUACUUAUCUAUCAUUCACUCCCUGGAAACCAAACUUUACAUCACCGAAGAGAAGCUCAAAGAUGUAACCAUGAAACUUGAAAGCCAGCAGGGCCAAAAUCAAGACGCCCUGAUGGCCCUUCACCAGCAGUGGUCCGGCAUUGAAGCUCAGCUGAGAGAACAGCUUCAAGACAGCUUGACUCAAAUUAGAGGGUUGGUGUCUCAGGUGGAAAGCGAGAAGGAGGAAAAAGUCAAGCUGAACGAGAACCACAUCUACGAACUGGGCAAGCUCCAUGAAAAGGCCAGCCGAGCCUUAACGUGCUUAAAUGGGUGCAAAGAAGAACUGAAAAAACACGUGGGCACCUCUGAGAAAGAGAAAGAGGAAGCGGUGUUCUUGGAUGCUCUGUCCAGCAUUGAAAGUACUUUGAUGGAUGCAAUCCAGAUGUUACAGCAGGCACUUCCUCCGGCUGAACACCAGCCAGAAGGACAUCUUGCAGUCCAAGCUUUGCAGGCUGAAGGCAUCUGCUGGGAUGAGAACGAAGCUUCUCCCCAAGGGAAGCAACAUCUGGAAAUUUCUGUAGAAGAACAGCUGAAGCUGCUUUCCAAGAGGGUGGCUUUUGAAGCUUGCUUGAUCAACCAGAUCGCAGAGUCUCUGACAGAUGCGUCUUCAAAGAUCUCAGUGACUCUCGGAGAGAUCCAUGCCACUCUGGAGACCGUCUUAUUGGAGCCUUCAAACAUUUCACAUACCGCUGUGGCUUUGGCCGACAUCUUGUCCAAGAAGCUGUUGUUGGAAGAUGAGUUUUGGAGGCAGGUAGAAGAAUUAAGGAAGCACUUGAGGGUCAGAGAAGAAGGGGAGGAAGGGAAGAUGGAGACCUCCGACGUUCCUCAGUAUCUCAUCCAGUCGGUUACCGACAGUACGCUGGUUAAAGCCGAACUGGGUUUUGUGGCUCAGACAAUGAGAGAAUCCUUCCAUCAGAGAUUGAAAGCCAUGGAAGAAGACCUCCACAACGCCAAAACGGCCCUCCAGCAGCACAAGUGCAUGUUGGAAGAAAUCAUUAAAGCCUACAAAUCUCCUGAAUUUGACGGGAUCAUGCACCAGAUCUCCAAAGCCCUUGAGAUCCAAGAAGGCAUUUCAGAAGCAGCCCGACCGACUUGGCAAGGCAGCCUUCAGGAUCGCGUUCUGGAAGCUCAGAGCGCGCAGGAUCUCGGCAGUCAAGCUCUGGCUGCCGUCCAGGAUGAUUUGGCUCAGCAGCUCAGAGACAGAGCCAAUGUUCUUAAAGACAUUGCGGCCGCCCUCCUCUCCGUGUCCCCUGACAACGCCUUGAUAGAUUGCCAUAAGCUCCUGAAAAUCUCACGCAGCCCUCCUUACGAGAUGUGCAUGGGGGAUCUCGAACGCUACUCUUCCCUCUUGGUUCAGGACGCCAUUAUUCAGGCCCAGGUUUGUUACGGGGCCUACAGAGCAAGACUGGAGUACACAAAGGAAGCCAACGUGUACAAGGAAUCCCUGCAAAAUAUGGACGCCUUGUGCCAGGAGCGCAUACGGGCAGUCACGGUCCUCAGAGAGGAGUACGAAACACUGCUGCAGAAGCAGCAGAACGAAUUUGCCGAGAUGAUUGCCAUGCUCAAAAGAGAGAACGAAGACCUCCGGGCCAAGGUGGAGCAGCUGGACAACCAGCGAAGGCUCCUGGAAGAGGAAGAACGCAAGCAGAGCCAAAAAAUAGCAGAACUCCAGAGCCGAUACGACCAGGAGAUGCAGAAGGUGGCUGAGCAGCUCCGCAGGACCGAGGACACCCUUCAGGGGGAGCGAAUUGAGGGGAGCCAGCAGGUGGAGGCCCUCGUGCAAGACAAGCAGAACCUGGAGAGGUACCACCUUGAGCAAAUGCAAAGCUUAGAAGAAAAGUUCCAGGUCAAGAUGAAAGAAAUCCAGCUCCUUCACGACGAGGAGCUGCAGAUCCUGCAGCAGCACUACAACCAGAAUCUCAAGAGCUUGGAAGAAUCGCUGGAGAAGUAUCAGAAGGAGCCUCCUGAAACCACCUCCGGGGCAGAAGCACCGGGAGAAGACCAACAAGACAAUGGGAUCCAAGUCUUGGGCGAUGAUCCCAAUGCCCUCCACGGAUUGAGGGAGAGGAUUCAAGAACUGGAAUCCCAGAUGAACGUCAUGAGGGAUGAGCUGGAGAACAAGCAGCUGGAAGGGAACGCGCCCACCUUGAGGGAGAAAUACCAGAAGGACUUUGAGAACUUUAAGGCAACGUGUGAACGGGGGUUUGCAGCCAUGGAAGAGACCCACCAGAAGAAGAUUGAGGACUUGCAGAGGCAGCAUCAGCGAGAGCUGGAGAAGCUGAGAGAGGAGAAGGACCGUUUGCUGGACGAGGAAACGGCUGCCACGAUCUCCGCCAUAGAAGCCAUGAAGAACGCUCACCGGGAGGAACUUGAACGGGAGUUGGAAAAAACCCAUCGCUCCCAAAUUAGCAGCAUCAAUUCCGACAUUGAGGCUCUGCAGAGACAAUACUUAUAUUAUGAAAUCGAAAAGCAAUCCUGAUUUCUUGAAGAAGGACAGGACCAGCAUUGGCCGGCAACUAAGAAAUAUCAGGUCAAAGAGUCUAAAGGAAGGUCUGACGGUGCAGGAGCGCCUGAAGCUCUUUGAAUCCAAGGAGUUGAAGAAAGACUAAUGUUCUCCUUCGUUUCCGGCUUGGCCAUGUGCACCGCCUAGCUUGAGGCAUCACGACACGAGCAUCCUUCUCCUUUUUCCCCCCUCACCAUUUUCAUCUUUUUUUAUGACUACGCUUCGCUUGGCCGGGAGCGGGAAUUUUUCUAGAGCUGCUCCGGAUGAAUGGACUGAGCAAUUCCAGACUUCUUCUUUUUUUCUGUCCACCAUCGAAGGGAUGAAAUCAUUGUUUCUCAACCUUAGCAAGUUUAAGAUGCGUGGACUUCUGCUCCCAGAAUUCCUCAGCCAGCAACGGGGAAUUCUGGGAGGAGACGUCCAGGCAUCUUAAACUCGAUGAGGUUGAGAAAUACUGGAUUAAGCAUGUUCUGAAUGGAAAAGUCCUUACUUUGGGCAAGAAUGCAGGAGGAGGUUGAAGAUUUUUCUCCCUUAAAUAUAUAUAUAUAUAUAUUUAUCUCCUUCCUAGUGUAUAUCCACUGCAUUGAGUGUCAGUAUUAAGGCUCAACAGCCUAUAAUAAGCUAGCCCUGUUUUACUGAUGUGUUGGUAUCACAACAGGGCCCUGGGAAAGGGGGGAUACACCUCCAGCUUAGUUCCACCAGUGUUGAAGAGUAACACAGCACUUAGGCGCAUAUUUUGAGCCACUCUGAAACAAAUUUGGUUUGGCCAAGCAAGCCCCCCCCCCCAACGCCCCUGGAUGCUUGAGAAACACAAGGGGGGGGAAGAAAUCAGUCUGGACUGUCCUUGAUCUAUUGUGUGGUUUGCAGAGAUCCAGUCCUUUGUGCAGCUUAGCGAUCUUCUGAAUUUAUUUUACUCAGCCAGCGGUUAAGGGGUGGCGGAUUCCACCUUAGCCAGGAUCUUGGGAAAACAUAGCUCUUAAAAUCACUAGCAACCAUUGUCCUCUUCCAGUUGGGUUAACUUUUUCUCCUAGUCUUUUGGUGGGUUUUGGGCAUCCAUCCGAGAGACAUUUCAGGACAUUUCUCUCGUCUGAUGAGGAUGGAGAUCCUAAAGUGCAGAUCCUUGCUUCUUAAAGGUGACUUUAAAAAAAAGAAAGAAAGUAAAAUGGAUUACCGGUAUAUCUGUUUUGGAGAAUCUAUUUGGGCCUGAUUGCACCAUUCAGUGUCUGUGUGAGGGAUAUUCCGUUGCAAAGGAACACCUGAAAACGGGUUGGGAGCUAAGCCCAGUUAAAAGUGUCCUUCAAAGACCAGGCUAACCAUGAUCCCAAAGCAGCUUUAGUGCUUUCAUCCUCUUGAAAUGAAGCAGGACUUUCGAUUACCCCUUCCAUAUUUUGGGCCCACCCACCCCCCCAAAAAUGUGAUGAAUAGAUUCUUUGAUGCGCUGGGAUCCAGAAUGUACACAGCCUUCCCAAGAAAGGCCCUGGGAUGGAUUAAAAUGUCUUUGGCCAAACCCGACCAACAGAACCCCUUGGAAGUGGGUGCUUAAAAUUUCAAGAUUAACACCUCCACCAGCAUUAUGAACAAGCCUUGUUUCUGUCUCCCAAAACAUUGUAGGUGAUUAGGGUGCUCCAGCCCAAUUCUACGAACCUUGAGGUCCCUUAAGAUGGGAGUUUUUGCUCUUACUGGGUUGAAUUUCUGCUGCAACUGUCUAACUUUGGGACAAGCCCAACGGUGUGAACUCUUGCUAAUCUCAGCGAGGGUUGGUCCAUUUAUUUUCUCUGCAUGCGGGUUUUAGAAUUUUUAGACGCCUCGCAAGGAAAUAAGUGGUUCCAAAAAAAAAACACCCCACCCCACCUUAUGAGAUCACUUGUCUCCUAGAGGUAGACCUGAAGCAAAAGGAUACCUUAGCAUGCACUACCUUAAAGGCAGCUGGGCAGAGGAGAAGGUAUGCAUUUCAGGCGCCUGGUUGCAUUUGACGUGCCACAAUGGCAGUUUGCAAAACGUAGCUGCCCUGAAUGGCUCGGACUAAGGAGCUCUUCCUAUUUUUUACUUUAGAGGUGAGGCUUUUCUUCUUCAAGGCUUCUCCUCACUCUGAGCAGUUUUUUCCUAUCUAACUGCAAACUGUUGGUCGAGGGUAUAGAAGUGCAUUUCAAACAGGUAUGGCAGCCCCAAAGAUUGAUGUGUGAAUGGUGGCAUUGGGAGGGCAUCUCGGGCAGCUGAAGGGGACGCGGUCGUGGCAUCUGCCCCCGAAAUGGUCUUUGCAGGCCUCCUAUCUCCUUCACACAGACAAAGCUGACCUGGAUAGAACCAUGUUUUUUCAACCUUGGCAAUUUAAAAUUAUCUGGACUUCAACUCCCAGGAUUCUUAAGCUCUGCUGGAUGGGGAAUUCUGGGAUUUGGAGACCGGACAUCACCAAGUUGCCACGGUUGAGGAAUUUAAUUUUUCUUCCAUGAUUUUUUCUGCAACUCGAUAGCAAUCCGUUGGCUCUGGGGAAAAUCCCUGCAGUCCAUCCUGUCCCUUUCUCAAUAACGUCCUGAUUCCGAGGCGGUUUCUUAAAACAUGGAAAGCGAUGGCUGGAAGGCGGGGAAAGGCACCCCACCUCCCUUCGCACAAAACUGACUCUACCGCUACGAGCAAAGGGGACGUCCCUACGCAACCAAUCCCCGGGAGCGUUUGGGACAGCGUGUUUCUUGAACGGCUCUUGAAAAGGCUUGUUCGGAGGCAGGUUGGAGCAUUUUCACCCCAUUCUGUACUCCGGAGAUUUAAGAAAAAUGUGUACUCUUGAUGGAGGUUUAGCACAGGUACCGUGCACACACACACCUGAAAUACGGCUUUGGGGAUGUGGUCCAUGGCCGAUUUUGUCUCUCCUUUUCUCCCCCCUCCCACUUGUUUCAAAGCAGGAUUUUUGUCUUUUCUUAAUGCCGUUUUGCUUUCCUUCCUUCCUGCUAAGAAACAAAAGGAGGAUCGCUUGUGCUGAUCCAGGAAUCCGAGCGGGCUGUGAUUCCUAUGACAGGGGCUGCCUUCAAGCGGCCCCUGUGUGGUGUUUAAGGGGGGGGGGGAAGCGGGGAAAAUGUUGCUUUUUGUAAUGACAAUAUACUUGAUUAGACUCCCACUGGACUUCUUUUUCCUCCAUUGCAAUGGUUCAUAUGCCGUACUUCGUUGUGAACACUUUGAGCACACCCACGCUUCUUUCCUUUGGUAACCCCCCUCCCCCCUCCCCAAUUUUUUAAAGCUUUGUUAUUCUCUAAAAAUAAUUUAAGACCUGUAUAGUAUUCGAAGCACGCCAUGUAAAUAUUUAUUAUGCAAAAACUCGCGGAGGGUUUUAUGGGGUUUCUUUUUUUAAUCUUGUUCUAAUACGGAUUUCCUUUGGACUUGGGGGAAAAGGAAGUUAGUGUAACCUGAAAUCCUGCUUUGUUCCCUUACAGAAUGUUGGUUGGUUUGAAUGCUAUAAAUAUAUUUUUAAAUUUCUCUGAUCCUUUUUAGUUUUGGAAACGCCUCUCCAAAGAAAAAAAAAAUAUGUACAGUGUUUUAAAACCUAAUUGCUCUACGACGAUAGUUUUCUUCCUCAUUCACUUCAGUAAGCUUGUAACGGACAGUGGCGCAAGUGACCCGGGCUAUGCAAUUAUGUUGCAGUAAACUCAGUUUAAUGGACUCGUAGGAAGGUGUUUUUUAGACCUGAAUGUCCGUUGAAUAACGAAUAGGAUUGUAUGUAUGCCUACACGGCGGCCGAUGGAUUUUGUCCGAGGCAUUCGAAAUCCGAAUGCAUCAAUCUGAAGGUCCAAUAAAUUGAAGAUUCACUGCAUGUUCACUGAGAAAUGGUGAUAGUAGCAUCUCUUAAAAGUCAUCAAAGGUACACCAUGUUGUUGCAUGUUAACCCUGUGGCAGAUUAAACCAAGCAGCUCUGCGAAGAAAUGAAGUAAUGUUGCUUCUCACUGUCCUUACGUUUGAAUUACGCUAUGCUGUCUUGUGGUCACAGCAUGGCAGAAUUAAGCUGCUGUAGUUUUGAUAUCUCCCUUUGCAGUUACGCUCUCGUACAUCACAACGGAGCUUCAGAGGGGAAGAAUACUCUGGCUGGUAGAAUUCGAGCCCGUGACCGACCACAAGAGCUGAGAAAUAUUCCUAAAGUACCUAAGGGAAAGAUCUUGGGUUUGCCGUAGAAUUAGCUAUGCCAUAACUCCAGAUAAGCCAAUAAAAUUUGCAGUGGAAGUCCAUCCGGGUGGUGAGAAUUACGGUAGGCGUCAAUUCCUUCUUUCAAUGGAAUAACACCAUCGCUACUUUCAGUAUGAGAAACCACCACAGGUAAACGUCUACAUCCUGUCGCUGAGCUGCCAAAGAGCCAGCCGACCAGUUCCUACCACAUGAACCUGUGGGAGGUUGUGCACGAAGACUGCAAGGAGGCCCAUCCUCGUGAGCGCCUUACUUCGGGUUUCUGAGGCCACCACGUCUGUCUGUCUUAAGGCCCACAUGAGCUUCAUCACCAAGUUGACUAUGGCUUGACUGGAUCACCAGGUCAUCUGAGAACUGAGUGUGGGAAUGACUAAUUCAGUCUUUCUCGGCCUUGUUAAGAAUUCUAGGAGUUGGUCCACCCAUCUUCAAGUUCCCAAGGUUGAGAAACGCUGCUCUAAUCCACACCUUCCAGCAAAAUUUAGGGUGUAAGAAGGCAAGUCCCUUUGGAGAGCAGGUGGCGCCCUGUGAAUUAGGAGUCCACUCCAACCAAGGGGACUCCUGGAAGUCCCAGCAACCUUCGCUGCUGAACAAUGAAGCCUCUUUUGCUCUCAACUAACGUGUUUUGAAUCUAGUGAGGUUCUGAAUGGUGGUUUUUUUUUUUCAUGCUUUUAAGGGAGCCAGUUCUCUCUUCAGCUGUUCACUGUAGAAGUAUCACUUCGGUCACAGUAUUUAUUCCUUACAAACCUUGUGUGACAUGCUAGGGUUCCCAUGGAUGUAGCUGAUGAUUUUGUAAAUAUAAUUACUUAACUAUACAUAAAAUUAUAUCGUAAUAAACUAUUUUUGCACCACC